GUUUUGUAGGUUACGAGCUCUUCAUAUCUGUUCCUGCUCAGUCCUGAGCGAAGUGGUGGAUAUUUCUUAAUUUUUUAUUUUUACUUUCUCAUGUCUUCCUGGGCUGUGUGUCACUAAUUAAUCUUUUCCAUCUUCUCAGGAGUAUUUCAGUGCAUCAGAAGUCAGCUUCAGUGGAUUUUUAAUCUCUGCGUUUCUUUCAGGGAGGAGUUUUACCCUGUGUUUUAAAAAAUAUAUGUAUUUAUGCAUAAGCAUAUGUAUAUAUAUUAUGUGUAUGCACUGAUGUACGAGUUCUUCUAUCAAAAGUUGGAAGUGCCUUACUUGUUUCAUUUUAUUCCUUCUGUGGGGAUGUUACAAGGAGUCAAUUUCUUCACAUUUGGAGUGCAAUGAUUUUGGUGUCCUUAGGAUAUUCCUCUUGAAGAAAUAUGGAAUGGUGACUUUUCCUGGGAAGUUCUUUCUGAUACCUGAACUAAGUGGAGUGUUUGCCUUGCCGUGUUAUUUCAUAGUCAAACAGAGAAUAAAAACUAAUUUUAUUCAUGGCUGUUUGUAUUUGAAGGGGGGUUUUGUUGUGAUCCUCCCUUCCUGAAAAAAAUUGAAAGGAUUUAAAAACGGAGCGAAAUAAUGAGGCCUGUGGCGAAGUAAAGCAAGGAUGCCCCAUGGGACCUGUGCUCACAUCUUGGUUGCCGCCAUGUUUUUAAGGAGGGCAGCGCUUAGUAGGGAGGGCACCACAGCCUGUACUGGUCAUCUAAGCUGUCCUAGGUUGGCCCAUCUGCUUUCCUCUCUAGUUGUCUUGGGUCUUGCUGGUGUCACAGGGGCAGCACGAGUUUCAUCCAGCCUCAGUACCACUCAUCAUGUGCACCAUUUUCAUAAUAAGCAUGGGACUGUGCCCAUCGCUAUAAACAGGACACCAUUUCUCACACGAGGAGGGCAUGCUGGUACCACAUAUAUCUUUGGAAGGGGAGGAGCAUUGAUCACCUACACAUGGCCUCCAAAUGACCGACCUAGCACACGGGCAGACCGGUUGGCAGUGGGCUUUAGCACGCAGCAGAAAGAUGCCAUCCUAGUGCGAGUAGACAGUGCCUCUGGCCUUGGAGAUUACCUACAGCUACACAUAGAACGUGGAAGAAUAGGAGUCAUUUUCAACGUGGGAACAGAUGACAUCUCCAUAGAAGAAGUUAAUGCCUUAGUGAAUGAUGGGAAGUACCAUGUUGUGCGAUUCACACGGAGUGGUGGUAACGCCACAUUAACUUUGGAUGGGUUACCGAUAAAUGAACGCUAUCCCACAGGAAACUAUGAUAACGAACGGCUGGCGAUUGCUAGACAGAGAAUUCCAUAUCGACUCGGUCGAGUAGUAGAUGAGUGGCUACUCGACAAAGGCCGACAGCUGACAAUUUUCAACAGCCAGGCAGCCGUAAAAAUCGGUGGGAAAGAUCAAGGUCGUCCAUUUCAGGGCCAGAUCUCUGGGCUUUACUACAAUGGCCUGAAGGUGCUAUCCCUGGCCGCACAAAAUGACCCCAAUGUAAAAAUAGAGGGGAACCUGCGGCAGGUGGGAGAGGUGCCAUCAGUGAUGACCACAGAAACCACAGCCACCACUCUGCUAGCUGAUAUGUCUACAACCAUCAUGGAAACUACAACAACUAUGGCAACCACAACUACACGGCGUGGCCGUUCCCCAACCAUGCGGGACAGUAUUGCUCCGAAUACAGAUGACAUCCUUGUAGCUUCAGCUGAGUGUCCGAGUGAUGACGAGGACCUUGAGGAGUGUGAACCUAGCACUGGAGGUGAAUUAAUUUUGCCUAUAAUAACUGAAGAUUCAUUAGAUACCCCACCAAUUGCCACACGUUCUUAUAUUCCCCCACCCCCUACAUACCGUCCCUUCCUCACUGUGGUAGAGACUACUAAAGACUCCCUCACCCUGACUUCAAACCCAAAGCCACCCUGUCUUUCUGACCAGGAUGACAGUGACUGUGAUGAUGCAAUUGAGGUCUCAGGUUUUGGUUCAGGGGAAGUCUUUGACACUAGCCUUCCCCUUACUGAUGAUGAAGACUUUUAUACCACUUUUCCCUUGGUCACAGACAGAACCCUUUUAUCCCGAGGACACCGGCCUAACAGCAGGUCCGGAGCAGCAACCUCUUCCUCCCCUGAACUUUUGAUGUCUACCACCUCAUCUGAUUUGAUCCGUAACAUCCCAGCUGGAAAAAUGAAUACUCGAGACCAUCAAAAACCUUACCCAGACCUACUUCCCCCACAUCCUACUUUGCUUGAUCAUGACAAAAGCAGUACUAGGCACAGACAUCCUGGAAUAACCUCUUUCCCCAAUUUCCAUAAUUUGCCUACAGCCAAUCCAACAGGAUCAGGAGAUCGAGACCCACCUGGAGCUGUGGAAGUCAUUCGGGAGUCAAGCAGCACAACAGGCAUGGUAGUGGGUAUUGUAGCUGCUGCUGCAUUGUGCAUUCUGAUCCUACUUUACGCCAUGUACAAAUACCGGAAUCGGGAUGAAGGAUCAUACCAGGUCGACCAGAGUCGUAACUACAUCAGCAACUCAGCCCAAAGCAAUGGAGCAGUGGUAAAAGAGAAGCAGACAAAUACCGCCAAGAGUACAGGCAAAAGCAAGAAAAACAAGGACAAGGAAUAUUAUGUCUGAAAUGAAAUUUAUAAAAUGGUCAAUUCUACUGAACAAAUGAAUGACUUCCUCCCCAAGAAACAACAACAUCUGUUUUUUAUGUUCAGUUUAUUUCUGCUUAAACUGGUGCAUCUUAGCUGCAUUGAAGCAAAUCAAGAAAAGGAGAAAACAUGUUUACUAAGAAAUUACUGAAGAAAGCACCUAAAAUGCACUUUUCAACAAAAGAGGAAAAUGCAUGUGUAGGCAAAUGAACAUUUCAUUUUGAAAAUAUAAAGAUGAAAGGGUACCAAGUAACUUCAAAGUGAAUACAAAUUUAAAAUAUGUUAAAAUGUGAAGGACUUACUGCUUAUAGCCUGAGCAUAAAGAGAAAAAAAAAGAACCAGUUAAGGGGAAAAACUUUGUUAAUUAAACAUUUUUAUUGUUGGAGAACUUCAGUACAGAGGACAGAAUAUCACAGAUUUCAUUCCAUAAAACACAAAAUAAGUUUAGAGAUAAAGAAAUAACAAUGUUGACUGGAUAUUGAAAGCCAGCAGAUUCCUGUCUUGUUCUAAUGACCACUCUCAGACAGCCAAAAUGACUUUCCGCUGGGGUAACAAUGCCAUUCCCCAAUCCAUUUUCCCUCCAAGGUGCUACUGUGAUGUUCUUUUAAUGUGUUUAUGAGCAUGUGGUUUUGCUUUACUUUUCCAGUUAAAUUACCAGAAGUAAAAUGAUAUGUUCUGGUGGUAAACAAAAGCAAACAGAAAAACAAUGUUUGAACCCUUUGAACCAUGCAGCCAAAUUGUGCAAAAAGUUGUAAAAGUGGAAUACUGAAACAACUCUUAACUAAUUAAAUAUAAAUAUAAAGAAUAUAAAUAAUUAUAUAUAUACAUACACAC